CGGUGAUGCAGCCGGCAUUUCGUCAAUCUGCGCCGCCGCCGUUGACCAUGCAGCACCACCGCGUGACCAUGUCGACCGAGGACGAGGAAGGCAUCCAUCGAGCUCUGAUGAAGCAGGUUCAGACAUCCAUCCUCACGACACCGGCGAUGCGACUUGUUCAUGCGACGCAGCAAGAAGGGUACCGCUUGACCGAGCAACACCACGGCGUCCGCGUGUACACGCGGAAAUCGCCGUCUGGCGGCGAAGAGACCAUGUCUGUUAGCUACACCCAGCAUCAUCUCACGUUUGAGAACCUCAUGUAUCUCCUCUUGGCACAAACGACGGAAGAGCAUCGGAUACAGCAAACGUUAUUCCACGACGACGCGUUUCUCGACGGGUGUGUCUUUAGCACGAUCCUCUCCCCGACAGAAGAAGAUCCCUUUCAGUGGUAUGGACUCAAGUACACCAAGUUGGCGCUGUCGUCGUACCGUUUUGUCGAUCCCCGCGACGUGUGCUACGUCGAGAUUUCAGGAACAACUGUCAACAUGGACGGCCAUACCGUGUUGUAUGUGAUGCGUGAAUCGUUGACCCUGCGCUCUGUCCCGCUCGUUCCCGAUGCCAUUCGUGGCCGCGUCAAAUCCCUCAGUCUCCACACCGAGUGCCCGAACGGUACCAUCGAGCACGUUCAUUUUUCUUACAUGAAUCCAUACGGGUCCGUGCCGGCGUUCUUGUUUAAGCCGUCUCAACUUCGCAUGAACACAAUGGUCGAGCGAUAUGCCCAGCUCAUCCACUUCAAGCGCAUGCUCGACAUGUCCAAGAACUGCACGACCUUCUUCCCUGUCAACCAGAGGGCUUGUGGGUCCUGUGAGCGGUCGUUUUGGGCCCUCACGACGCGAUGCUACUGCCGAUCGUGUGGCGAGGUCAUCUGCGGCAAAUGCGCCAUCUUCAUUCCGCGGCCCAAGGAGCAACUCUUCCACAUGAAUUUGUGCAUUGUCAAGGAAGAGUACUGCAAGACGUGCUACCUGCACGUUCGCGGCCCCACAUCGUCCUCUAUGACAUCGUUAUCAAGCAUGGGUGGUACGUUCGUUGUGAAAGUCGAAUGGAUCGACGUGCGUUGAUGGCAAGGCAGGUCUAGGCACGUACUUGCUGACAUCGCGCCACUUCCCCAAAGAAUCGGAACCGACCCCACCGACGUCGCGAUCUCUCUUGUCACUGCCGAACUCGCGCCGUGGGUACAAAACACCAACGUCCAAGCAAGCGACUCUGUCCAUGAUUCCCCCGUUGCGAAGUUAACUUAUCGAUUGGAAGAUCCUCCAUCUCGUGCAUCAUCUUUCGCUGCGAUCUUGCACCCAACCCCGGGAAUGCAUCUUUGAGAACGAGCGGUGCCACAUCCACACACGCUCGAGCCAGGACUGCUCUGAAGUGAGCCGGCCAUCGCGCGUCCUACCUCAGCAGAAGCGUCCCCGCAUCUGUCCGUGUUUCUCGAGCAUGUGGUGGUUCGUCAUCACGGAUUGGCAAUGUUGACGUUUUUUUCGACGUUUUUUUGGUAGGACCACCUGUGUAUUUAGUGUGGUUGUUCUUGCUUACUCAAAA